GACUUGCCUCGAAUAUAAUAAGGCAGCUCACGUGAUUAAAUACACGGUCACGUGACCGUAACUUGAGCCAAAAUGGCGGCGAAUGGAGGAGAAGCUGGCGCUCCAAGUGACGCUAGCGAAGAUCUUUUUCAGACGUUUUAUUCAGAGGUGAAACAAAUUGAGAAGAGAGACUCUGUUUUCACCCCAAAACAGCAGAUAGAGAGGUUGCUAAGACCCGGGGCGUCUUAUUUUAACCUGAAUCCAUUCGAGGUGUUGCAGAUCGACCCAGACGCAACAGAUGAAGAGAUAAAGAAGCGGUUUCGGCAGCUGUCAUUCCUGGUUCAUCCUGACAAGAACCAGGAUGAUGCAGACAGGGCUCAGAAAGCUUUCGAAGCCGUGGAUAAGGCAUACCGUUUGCUGCUAGACCAAGAGCAGAAGAAACGUGCUGUUGACGUGAUUCAUGCAGGAAAGGAGUACAUCGAGCACAUGAUGAGUCAGAAGCGAAAGCAACUGAAGAAAGAUGGAAAGUCCACAGUGCUGGAGGAAGACGACCCCGAAGUGUUCAAGCAGGCCGUCUACAAGCAGACGAUGAAGUUGUUUGCAGAGCUGGAGAUCAAGAGGAAGGAAAGAGAAGCUAAGGAGAUGCAUGAGAGGAAGAGACAACGGGAGGAAGAGAUCGAGACGCAGGAGAAGGCGAAGAGGGAGAGGGAGUGGCAGAAGCACUUUGAGGAAUCGCGGGAUGGGCGAGUGGACAGCUGGAGAAACUUCCAGGCCAAAGGCAAGACCAAGAAGGAGAAGAACACCAGAACCUUCCUAAAGCCACCCAAAGUGAAGAUGGAGCAGAGGGAGUGACUUCCAGGCCUGGGGUUGGUGCGGGCGGUGGUGUGUGGGGGGGGGGGGGAGGAGGGGGCAGUGUUAGUGUUGUCAGGGUGAUGUCAAGCUGAGAGACAUUCUACAGCAUCAGGUUAACCUAUGGGAAGUAUUCUUCUGUUACCUGUGGUAAAUUCCUUCAGAUAAACCUGGUGUAGCUCAGUCUCCAGUGUUUUACUUUACAAAUAUUUAUACUCUGCCAUCCGUCUACCUUUUCGUUCAGCUGACUACACAGAAUGGUAAAUGUAAAACAGUCUUGUUUGUGUAAGUAUCCAGUUUUUUUUUUUUUUUCCUUUUUUUAAAACCGUGUUUAACCACACACCUGCCGCUGUGGCGGACCACACUGUCAUAAGAUGCCAAACACGGUUCAAUGGUAGGGAUCGCCCUCGAUUUGUUUGUUUUUUUUUUUUUUUUUUUUUUUUAAUAAAUAAUGUAUGUACAGUCUACCUUCAUUCGUAGUUCUUUCACUGAAUUCUGCUCUCUUUCCCAGUCCCUCUUCCAUUGUGUCUUGAUCCCUUAAGGAUGUACAGUCUUUGAACCCUCUAACCAGUGUAUAUACCUGGUCCCAGCGGAGCUGUUCUCUGCCUCCUCCCACUUAGCACAGGGUAGUAGCAGGAACAUUAGACCAAAUGGACUUUACUCUGUAGCUGUCUGGCAUUUUCCUACCUGAUGUGGUUACCAACAGUAUGUUAUUGACUUUUUCCCCUUCCUAGUUUUUGUCUGCAGAUUCUGUAACAAUAAAGAUACAAAAUCCUUUCUUAA